AUGCUAAUAAUCCCCAGCAUCUGGUGGAUCUACUUCGUCACCGCACUCCAGGAAGUUGUCGUCCGCGCCAUGAACCCAUACGUGACCAGCGCCUUCCGCCUGCACUCGCUCACUGCUGCGACUGGCAUCAUGUCUUCCAUCAUUGGCGGCUUGAGCAAGAUUCCUCUGGCAAAACUGUUAGACAUUUGGAGUCGACCUCAGGGACUAUUGCUGUCGCUUUUCGUGUGGAUAAUAGGAUACAUCAUGAUGGCAUCGUGUCAGAACGUCGAGACACAUGCUGCAGCUCAGGUCUUUUCAUCAACUGGCGGAUCUCAAGCCGUCUCCUACAUUCUCACAGUCUUCAUUGCCGACACCUCCACCUUCAAGAACCAAGCCCUUAUGCUCUCCUUCGCCACUUCUCCCUAUGUUAUUACGACCUGGAUUGGUGGCCCCGUUGCGCAAUCCGUCCUCGCAGGUCCAGGCUGGCGCUGGGCCUUUGGUAUCUUCACCAUCGUGAUUCCCCUCGCCAUUCUUGUCCUGUGCAACGAUCGCAAAGCGCACAAACAAGGUCUGCUUGAGACGCGCAAGAUCAAAUGGAGCAUUCCAGCUAUAAAUGUAUUCUGCGUUGAUAUCGACCUCAUCGGUAUCCUGAUGCUCGUCGCAGAUAUGGCUCUGUUCCUCCUUCCGCUCGCCUUGUGGUCCUACCAGGCAAAGAAAUGGGAAUCACCCAUGAUCAUCGGCAUGAUCGUCGCUGGCUUCAUUCUACUUGUCGCGUUCCCAAUCUUGGAGAAGUUCUUUGCCCCAUCCACCAUCAUUCCCCUUACAAGCUCCUCCUCGACCGUACCGUAUUCUUCGCAGGCAUCAUGUUCGUGUUCAAUUACUUCAAUAUCGUGGUAUAGGGCUCGUACCUUGGCUCCAUGCUGCACGUUGUGUGGGGACUCAACGUCAGGAACGUUAGCUAUGUCACCAGCAUCAAUCGCGUUGUAUCCUGCUUUUGGUGUCUGGCUGGUGUUGGGUUGGGCCGGCGGUUAG